CCGAUUUAGGACAAUCGCAACUUGCUUUAACGAAUUUUCCACCAGUGUUUUCAAACUGGUAAAUGGCUGCAGUCAAGUUAUAGCGAUCAGCUGCAGCAAGAGAAACAAUGUAAUCAUCGAGUUGUGUUAAUUACCAACGAAUACUGUGUAUUCUAGGGUCAUUUUGCAAGCCGUGCUUGAUGUAGCUAUCCUGAUUUAACCUGCCUUGACUAAUCAACCGAAGAAGUUCGUGGUUAAUGUUAGUCAACGAGAUAGCUAACGUUAGGAGACUUCUUUUGAUAUAGCUACCGUGAGUCUAGCCAGGAUGCAGCAUAGCUAACGGAAUCUCGUUUUUAAAAAGGUCGUUAACCGUUAGCUGGCUAACAUUAGCUACAUGGUGUUAGAUGGUGCAUCUUCAGAUUUUCAGUUACAAUGGAGUUUCUUCCUAUCCUUGAGCCAGAAGACAAGCCUCGAAACUCAAUCUGGUAUGCCGUGGUGCCUCGCGGUGGCGGCCCUGGAGUCAGUGUAGGACACACCUGCACCUAUGUCCCGGGCGAGGACGGGGGAAAAGGAAAGAUACUCAUCGUCGGGGGAGCCAAUCCUAACGGCAGCUUCUCAGAGUCCCAUGUCUUAGAUCUUGAUCGUCACGAGUGGGACGUCCCGGAGUGGGGGGGUCUGCUGGCACGGUACGAGCACUGCAGCUUCACACCCGAGAGCAGCCCGUGCAGCCUGUGGGUGUUCGGCGGCGCCCAGCAGAGCGGGAACCGCAGCUGUGUGCAGGCCUUACACAUGGCAGACAGCGGGUCGUGGAAGAGCGUGCAGGUGAAAGGGACACCCCCUUCGGCCAGGACGUACCACACCAACUCGGCCUGCGUGGGGGACAGGCUGUUCGUCUUCUCUGGAGGGGAGGCCGGGGCCACGCCCGUCUCCGACCCGCAGCUCCACGUCUUCGACUCAGUGUCUUUAACCUGGUCACAGCCAGAGACCCAGGGCAGGCCACCCUCAGCCAGGCAUGGCCACGUGGUGGCAGCGGUGGGAUCCAAGCUCUACAUUCAUGGCGGCCUGUCGGGGGAGAAGUUCCACAGUGACAUGUACUCCCUGGACACUGUGUCGCUGAAGUGGGAGCGGGUUCGAGCGAAGGGUGACACCCCUCCGGGCGUGGCCGCCCACUCGGCCAUGGUCCUUGGGAAGAGCAUCUACAUAUUUGGCGGGAUGACGCCCAACGGGGCGGUUAACUCCAUGUACAGAUUCCAUGCUGACAGACAGCGCUGGACCCUGCUAAACUUCGAGGGCGAUCUGCCCCCCAACAGACUGGACCAUUCUAUGUGUGUGGUACCGUGGCGCGUCGGAGCAGAGGUGGGCGGAGAGGGGGACCGGGCCUCUGAGCCCGAGACCGUGAACCUGUGUUUCAUCUUCGGAGGCAUGGACACCGGGGGCGUGAUCCACAGUGACUGUGUUGUAACUGUGCUGGCAUGA